UUUUAUUCGUUUACGAAAUUUCUCUACUGACUCACAAUUUUGAUAAGUGCAUUCUUGCAACAAUACAUUAAUUUUAGUGCAUACAAUUACGGAAUAAAUGGUGUUGGCUUUGAUCUAAAACACAUUAUGCAAAAUAUUAUUUGAGAAAUCUCUUUUUGACAUUAUUAAUCCACUUGUUUAAUAGCAAGUGGUACCUAAUUGUAGGUCUGUAAAGUGCGAAUAUAUUAUUACAAAACGGCGUCAGGUCGCGAAGACUUUUUGAGUGAACACACGCCACUAAUGGACGGACACGUCGGCGCAGGCAGCAGCACGCGUCUGAACGGUAGUGGUAGUGUGGAACAAAGGAAACGGCAAAAUAUCAAUUAUGGAGCUAAUGAUCAAAUAGAUGGGGCUAUCUUAGAUGUGCCCAAUGUCGUCGUACGACCGGCUAGACAACGAAGCAGGCCCACCGCUUCACAGGCAAAUGCUGGAGCAACAGGCAGCUCUAACAACGCACCUUAUCAAGCAACUAGUGAAGAAUUAGAUGAAGAGGGAUUAAAAUAUGGUGCACAACAUGUGAUUAAAUUGUUCGUACCGGUCUCUCUUUGUAUGCUUGUUGUGGUGGCCACAAUAAAUGCCAUAAGUUUCUAUUCGGAAACUGAUGUUUAUCUUUUAUAUACACCUUUUCAUGAAAAAUCUCCCGAUCCUGGCGUUAAAUUGUGGAAUGCUUUGGCAAAUUCAAUGAUCCUUAUGGCUGUGGUUGUUGUAAUGACAAUUUUAUUAAUUGUUUUGUAUAAGAAGCGUUGCUACAAAAUCAUACACGGCUGGUUGAUUCUCUCAUCGUUUAUGCUACUCUUCAUUUUCAGUUUUUUGUAUCUGGAAGAGGUGCUACGCGCUUAUAAUAUACCUAUGGACUAUCCCACAACGAUAUUAAUAUUGUGGAAUUUUGGAAUCGCUGGCAUGAUGGCUAUACAUUGGCAAGGUCCUUUACGUUUACAACAGGGUUAUCUCAUAUUUGUUGCGGCUUUAAUGGCAUUGGUAUUCAUUAAAUAUUUACCAGAGUGGACAGCAUGGGCAGUUUUGGCGGCCAUAUCUAUUUGGGAUUUGAUUGCUGUACUUUCGCCAAAAGGGCCUUUGCGUAUUCUGGUAGAAACUGCACAGGAACGCAAUGAACAAAUAUUUCCGGCUUUAAUAUAUUCAUCAACUGUUUUAUAUGCCGUCGUCGAUGCUGCGACUAACGAAAGCAAUGACAGGGGUGUUGAGGGCAUUGAGAAUGGCGUUCAACAAACUGAGGAGCAUGCUUCUUCCUCCGCCGGCCCGGCACGUCGCACAGGUAAUGCCAGUAAUGUGGUGAAUGACGACGCAGCCCAGGCCGCCGAAGGUAUGCCUCUAGUCACAUUUAAAACCCACGGAAAUGAAGCCGGUUUUACUCAAGAAUGGACAGAAAGCCAUGCUGAACGUGUGUCGAGUCGGCAAAUUGAAGUACAAGCUAGCAAUGGACAAAACGCCAAUCGUUCGACGGAAUAUCGCACAACAACUACUACAAAUAGACCCACAUCAACCUUCGAGGCACAAGAACGUGGCAUCAAACUUGGACUUGGCGAUUUUAUUUUCUACUCUGUAUUAGUUGGUAAGGCAUCGAGCUAUGGCGAUUGGAUCACUACCAUUGCCUGUUUUGUGGCGAUAUUAAUUGGACUUUGCUUAACACUUUUAUUGUUGGCUAUUUGGCGCAAAGCUUUGCCAGCUCUACCCAUUUCCAUUACAUUUGGUUUGAUAUUUUGCUUUGCUACAAGCGCUGUAGUGAAACCAUUCAUGGAUAGUUUAUCAGCUAAACAAGUGUUCAUAUGAAGACAUUUUGAGUAAUAUAUAACCCUUUAAUUCUACUAUAUUAUAGAAUAGGUAAAACUUAGCAAACAAAUUUGCGUAUCGGAAUUUAGUAUUUAAAUUAUAAUUAUAGUUUUUUUUUAAAUUGGACUCCAUAAACGAAUUUGGGAUAUUUACCAUUUUUCCAUUCUAAAAAAAUAUUGGCAACAUAUGAAUGAAAAUUAUGCUGAAACACGCCUAAUAAUAAAUAACUUAAAACAAAAGAUUUUCGCUAAUUUUUAAAAGGCUUAUUAGAGUUUAUUUUUAUAACAGAACACUGUCAAUUAACAAAUGUAUAGCGGUACAAACUGAUCAUGGCAAUUGUUUUAUUCAGUUUCCUCUCCUUUCGCCUCUGUAUUUGCUCGCUCUUUAGGGAAACCUUUUGAUUUUACUAUAAUUUUAUCUCGAAGUCCUAUAACCCAACCGGGUUCUAGUCCAUAGAAUAUUUGACGCGCAUCUUUUUGGCUUAUCAACAUUUCAUAGUCGGGAUCAUCUUCAAUUCGUGGAAGUUCAUAACCAUACUUUUGUGCCAAUACUAGUCGUUCUUUGCUUAUCUCCUCAGGAUCAGCAAGGUAACCACGAUUUUUAGCGGAAGCGUAGUAUUCGACGGCAUCUUGUGGUGGUAACAAACGUCUUGGGAUAGGUUCACCCUUCUCGAACCACUUUUGUGGGUUCACCAUAGCCUUUAUAAAUUAUAAUAAACAUAAUAGAAAAUAUUGUGUACAGUGAAUUCAUAUAUGCACACCUGUAAGCUUCUGGGGUCAUAAUAAGCGGUACGUAUGACACCACCAUUUUUUUCAAUGGCUGCUAUCACCGACUCCUUGGCAUGUUGCACUUCAAUACAUAUUUUUGCUUUAAACCGAUCAAUUCCAUCGUCUGUCAAUUGAAAACCAUAUUCCAUGCUAGCAGGUUGCAGAUGUAGGAGCCCUGUAUUACAUAGAGUUGUGAUGUCAAUGGGUUGUUUGGGAUCAAUACGAUUGGUAUCCAACAAAACUUGGAGCUGUAACAGCGAUAAAGGGGGGUAUUGUCGACGUAAAUGAUGGCCUUUGUAAUAUGGUUCGUAGGGGAAACGCAAAUAAAAGGGAUUGUUGCCUGUUUCAUAACCAAGCCGCAUGUAAUUUUGUCGCUGACCGGAACCUUUGUUGCCAGCGCCGUGUUUAUCGCCACUAUGCUGAGCACGUCCACGCUUUGUCUAUAUGAACAAGUUAUUGUUUUUAACAUGAUGAUUUUAUUUAAUAAAAUAAGUUUUAUAGUAUUUACAUUUUUCUUAGAGUUCGGAUUUGGACGUAUAUUACCAAUUUGUACACGCGGUAAGGUACGCAGCAUUUUUAAUGCCUUUUCGGCCGAUUCGCGUAGAUGCGCCAUUUUGGUAUUUUUUAUUAACUUUAUAACGAUUAUUUAUAAAUGUUUUUAUAUUAAAAACUAUAAAUUUUAGGUGAAUAUUUCUACAAAUCUGUGAAAAAUUCACAUUUUCAGCUGUCAAUCCAUAAAUGUUAAAAACAGCUGUGUGGUGCUAUUAAUUCGACUUGGAAGCACUUAGUGGAGAUUAAAACCAGAGAAUGUAAAAUAUAGAGAAGGUCCAACCAGCAGAGAAUGUAAAAUAUUCAACAAAAACAUUCUCUGCAGAAAAUUUGUCUUUUUAUGUUUUUACACGAAAAAUUGUAAUUUUUUAGUUCACAUUUCACAUGGCUCCCCAUAAAACUGAUUUUGAUUUAACUGAUAGGGGCUGGGUUGAUUUAUAUGUUAAAAAAUGUGAAAACAUAAUGAAAGAAUUCACGGACUAUGUGUAUGCUUUACAAAACCACUGUUUGAAAGAGCGCAGUAAGAUUGUAGAACUUGAUAAUAACUGUAAGCAGCUUCAAACAAAAUUAUUUGAAGAGAAACACAAGCAAUCAACACAAUACAAAAAGGAAUCUAUUUUAUAUACGCCUCUGGAUCGAAACCUCAUAGACACAGAUAUAUUGGGUGUUACCAGAAUUACUACACCUACCAAAAGUGACGCAGAUCGAACUACAAUAAGCGAUGGCUCGCCCGCAUUUCUGAAUAUGGCUAUGGAUAGCGAACAAUUAAAUAUGGAAUCAUCUUGCGUUUUAAGUCCCGCACAACAUCUUCAGGAAAUAUUACCGGCCUCCGAGCAGCUAAGUAGUCCGAAUCGCUUUUUGAUUGGCAUUGACAGUGUUUUACAGCACAACACAUCGCCGACAUGCAAAUCAAGAAACAACAAUGAAAACCAAAGUGCAUUAGGUUUUCUAAAAGCGCGCGGCCGCGUCGGUAAAACUUUGUAUAACGAUUCCUAUGUGCAUAAACUUCGUGAACAAAAUCCAGUAUCAAAUGAAGAUGAUAGCAAACUGUUAAAAUCAAAAGGGAAGUUGCAAUCCAACCGCUUGGAUUGGCUGGAAAAGGACAAGAAGAGUGAAGAGCGAAAAGCUGUGUUAAAACGAAGCGCUAGUAAUAUGGAUGAGGUAAUACGCAAACGUAGCCUGAUGUCAUUGAAUAAAAGUGGCGAACGAAAAUUAAGACAGUCGCGGUUAACCCAAAUGGUCUCUAUGAAAUCAAAUAAAGUAAAAAAUGGUAGCAUUUCAACUUCUCCGGAAAAUGUGGGUGAUGUACAAAAUUUUUUAUUAUCGCCAACAAAAUCUCAUGUAUCCUCCACUACGACACAAAAAACGCUAGCCUUUCCAACGUUUUCCAAUGAUACUGACGAUAUAUUCCCAUUCAGUAGCGAAGAUGACGAUGAUGAGAAUGUAAAAAAAUCAAACGAAAAUAGGGCAAUAAAACAAAA